ACGUAAAUAAGUUGGUUUUCGUAAAGAAAAAAAGGAGACGAGUUGUGAGCAAUCGUGUGUUCAAAUUUGGCGGAGGAAUGAGUGCUUCAACACUCCCUAAUUGAUUGAGGGAAAACCCUCCGAAUUAUCAAACAUUAAUAUUAGUUAUCUUCGGGUGUGCUAUUAUAUUGUUGCAUGUUUUUAGAACGAACUGUACUCAUUAUUGUGCUGAUCUAAUAAAACAAGUGGUUCAUUUAGAGAUCCGGUCCAGCGACCACCGCCUCUGUACAUUUAAAACAUGGGUGGCAGAAGUAAGAAGAUGGAUUUGGUGCGGACUAACAGUAUUUGUCCUCCACCGGAAACCGUUCUUCUAGAAAGCGUGAAGAAGAACGACACAGAAUCUAUGAAAACAGUAAUAAAAGCAAACCCAUCUAUUUUGCAACAUCUGUACCCCUACACAUCUCAAACCAUCUUAUCACUGGCUUGUUCCGAACCUGGCGUUGCUCCUGACACCGUCAACCAACUGAUUGAAUUAGGAGCAGACAUCGAGGGAACCCCACAGUGGAAACCACUGCACCUAUCAGCCGACAAUCCCAACAUCCUAAUUCUAGAAGUCGUCAUCAAACACCUCAAACCAGGCCAAAUCAAUGAAAAAUGGAACGGCAACACCGCCCUACAUACGCUUAUCAAAGGAGAAAAAAUCAAAAAGGACGAAGAAAAUUUCUGUCGGCACGUGGAGCUUCUCUUGCAGUCUGGAAUUGAUGUUAAUCAGGGUGACGGCAAGAAUUUAACCGCGAUUUUUUGGGCCGCCAAGUACGGUUAUAAAAAAAUUGUAAAAGUUAUACUUGAGGAGAGUGUGCUUCAUGUCGAUCUGGACACUUGCAGUUUGCGCGAUAAAACUGCAAGGGAUUUAAUAAAUGAGAAAGGGUUGUACGAGGGGCCUUUGCCGGAACGUAUCCUGUAUCAAGUCCCCAAAGACAAAAUUUUCGGGUUGAUUAAGGAAGGAAAAGAGGACGAGUUUAUCUCUUAUUUUGAGACAUUGUCCUUGAAUAAUCCCUCCGACUUUGUUAAUGCAGACGACGGUGCCUCAACACUGUUACAGUACAGUUGCGAAAGGGGGUUAGCAAAAGUCGUAGAAUAUCUUUUAGACAAGGGGGCCAACGUCAAUCUUGUCACAAAAAAUCAAAGGAAGCCGAUUGAUAUUGUCGCAGAUAUUGGCUACUUUGAAAUUUUUGAAUUGCUAUUCAAAUGCCCUGACUUAGAAUUAUCCAUAGACACACUUUGUAACCUACUAAAACACUCAAACUCUCCAAAAUUUGGCAAAAUCAAUCACGAAAAGUGUUGCAAAUUGCUAUUAGAUAAACUGGGUAAUAGACGUCCUCCUAUUGAUAUCAAUGAAGUGGACCAUUUAAACAACAUCCCUCUUCACUACUCCCUCCGGUAUUGCGAUACAACAACCACACAAAAAUUACUGCAACUUGGAGCUUCUCUGGCUUAUAAAAACGAAUUCGGUUCUAUGCCAAUCCAAGACAUCAAACCGGAAGUGCUCGAGAACCAUCUCGACAACUGUGUCACAUUUGAUCUCAAAAACGCCGAGAAACGCGAUUUUGAAGUAGUCUUCGACUACCAGACGCUGCUACCCCCGAGAAAACGCAAGCGAUUCAAAUACGAAGAGGUGGACCCUGAAUUUUUGGCCACAAACAAUGUAAAACCUGAAACUGAAGUUAUAGCCUACAUGAGCAAAGCUCCAGAAUUUCGAGCCUUGCUCAAGCACCCCCUUAUUGUCAGUUUCCUCUUUAUGAAAUGGCACCAAAUCCGCUUACUGUUUUACACAAAUCUGGUGUUCUAUAUUUGCUUUGUGCUGUCUUUAGUUGUCUACAUUUUUACGCAUUAUGCUAAUUUCGACCGGACGCAGUCGGAUUAUUGUCUCAUUUUUGGCAAAUUUUCGUGGUUCACUCUAAAUUUAACAUUUUGGGUUUUGGUGUUACGUGAGGUUUUCCAAGUCGCGGUGGCGCCUCGAAAAUAUUUUUGCAAUUUCGAAAAUUUGGUUGAAAUUAUUUUAAUUGUGGUGACUGGGAUGAUUUUGUAUAUUGACUCGCCCACUAGCCACACAAGGCGACAGUUGGCGUCAGUGGCGAUAUUAUUGGCAGCGUUUGAGUUGGUUUUGAUGGUUGGCCAACAUCCGAAAUUAUCCACCAAUGUUGUAAUGUUGAAAACGGUUUCGGUCAAUUUUUUCAAGUUGCUUUUGUGGUAUUCCUUGCUAAUUAUAGCGUUUGCUUUGAGUUUUUAUAUCUUAUUUGCCAAAACAGAGAUGGCUCAAAGUGUGAAUGGGACUGAGACGGGGGAUGAAGACGAUGUCUUCAAAGGGCCCGGAAAGUCGCUGUUUAAAACUAUAGUUAUGUUGACCGGUGAGUUCGAUGCCGGGUCAAUCAAUUUCCAUACUUACCCUGUCACUAGUAAGAUAAUUUUUUCACUUUUUGUCUUUAUGAUCACUAUUAUUUUGCUCAAUCUGUUGAAUGGUUUAGCUGUCAGUGAUACACAAACGAUUAAGAACGACGCAGAGUUAGUGGGCCAUAUCUCAAGGGCCCAGCAUAUUUAUUACGUGGAAAGUAUGUUACUUGGCAAUAUUUUACCGACUUCUUUCAUUCAAGCAGUGCAAAGAUUGUUCUGUUGCUGUCCCUGUGACUCGGAUACGACUUACACGUUUUUUAAGCCUUUAUCACGAAAAGUUUGCCUUUUUACACAAAAUUGCCAGCUGACUGUUUUACCUAACGAGUACGGUAAAAUAUCUUGUGAAUUGAAUUCAUCCGCUAAAAAACGACCAGACCCAUUGGUAACUUGCACCCGAAAUUGUUCUGAAGCUUAUUUAGAUAAAAACACUAUUAGGAGAAUCGCUGAUAUCGUUAAAGCCCGAAGAGAACGUGAAGAGUAUCCUACAGUUACUAAUCUAAAGCAGUUAUAUGGAGAAAUUGUGAGCAUAAAAGCGAAGCUCGAUCAAAUUUUGGGAAGUCUCUCGACAAAUCAAAACGCUUUAUGAUUUAAUGUUACGUAUAUUUUGUUGUACUAUUGUUGCCAUACUUAAUAGAGUAGAUGUAAUUAACCAACAGGGUGGUGGAAGAGCUUCUGGUGUGUUAUAGAUUUCUACCAGUAUUUUAUGUUUUAUAGAGUUUACUAACACGGAAAAGACUAUUUUAUGGUCCUUGAUUUAUUAGUGCAUAUUGUGUACAUAUCUUGUAUUUAUUUUUAAGCCAUUAAUUAUGUAUUAAAAUUUUUACGUAAAUAAAUCAUU